CAUGGCGGCAACGUUAUAGAGCUUCCGCUGUUCCGGUGCGUUUAUGAUGUCAGCAUAGGAAGCUAGCCGAGGAGCUCGUCAGGCCUUUAGCAGGCAAGAUCAAACACCGGUGUCUGGAAAGUGAUCGAUACGGCUUUAUGCUUCUGGAUGAGAACACCUACACACCCAAAAACAUGGUGGUUCUCAAAAUUCGAGACCAGCCUUCUUUGCUGAAAGCGAUUUUCAAUGUGGACCCAGAUGAAGUACGGUCACUCAUAUUCAAGAAAGAGGAUGUGAAUGUCCAGGACAACGAGAAGCGAACUCCUCUACAUGCUGCUGCCUAUCUCGGAGACGCAGAAAUUAUAGAGCUGCUGAUUCUUUCAGGUGCGAGAGUGAACGCCAAAGAUAACAAGUGGCUGACUCCCCUGCACCGAGCAGUGGCCUCCUGCAGCGAGGAGGCUGUCCAGGUGUUGGUGAAACACUCUGCAGAUGUAAAUGCCAGAGACAAGAACUGGCAGACGCCGCUCCACAUCGCAGCAGCCAAUAAGGCGGUCCGCUGCGCCGAAGCUCUCGUCCCUCUUCUUAGCAAUGUGAAUGUAUCAGACCGAGCAGGCCGGACUGCGCUGCACCACGCAGCCUUCAGCGGCCACCUGGAGAUGGUGAGGCUGCUGCUCUCCAGAGGAGCUAACAUCAAUGCUUUCGAUAAGAAGGACCGCCGUGCGAUCCACUGGGCUGCCUACAUGGGGCACAUAGAAGUGGUGAAGUUGCUAGCUUCUCACAGAGCUGAAGUGGCCUGUAAGGAUAAGAAGUCGUACACUCCCCUGCAUGCAGCAGCCUCUAGUGGGAUGAUUAGUGUUGUCAAAUACUUUCUGGACCUGGGAGUGGAUAUUAAUGAGCCCAAUGCGUAUGGCAACACCCCCCUGCAUGUGGCCUGCUAUAACGGACAGGACGUGGUCGUGAAUGAGCUCAUCGAAAGUGGAGCGAAUGUCAACCAGGUGAACGAGAAAGGCUUUGCACCUCUUCACUUCACCGCAGCUUCUCGCCACGGAGCGCUCUGUCUGGAGCUGCUGGUGUGCAAUGGAGCGGACGUCAACAUAAAGAGUAAAGAUGGGAAAACCCCCCUACACAUGACCGCGAUCCACGGGAGGUUUUCAAGGUCUCAAGCAAUCAUUGAAAAUGGUGCUGAGAUUGACUGUGAAGACAAAAACGGAAACACACCACUACACAUCGCAGCGCGAUAUGGACACGAGCUCCUGAUUAACACACUCAUCACCAAUAAAGCUGACACAGCGAAACGAGGAAUUCACGGCAUGUUUCCGCUGCAUUUAGCUGCUCUCAGCGGCUUCUCGGACUGCUGUCGUAAGCUCCUGUCAUCAGGCUUUGAUAUCGAUACUCCUGAUGACUUUGGAAGGACCUGCUUACACGCUGCAGCUGCGGGAGGGAACCUGGAAUGUCUCAACCUUCUUCUCAACACUGGGGCAGACUUUAACAGAAAGGACGGCUUUGGCAGGACUCCUUUGCACUAUGCUGCUGCCAACUGUAACUACCACUGCCUGUUUGCUCUGGUGGGCUCGGGGGCUGGCGUCAACGACCUGGACGAGCGGGGAUGCACUCCCCUCCACUACGCCGCUGCUUCGGACACAGAUGGAAAGUGCCUGGAAUACUUACUGAGAAAUGAUGCAAAUCCGGGGAUCCGGGACAAUCAGGGCUACAACACCGUGCACUACGCCUCGGCAUAUGGACAUCGGCUUUGUCUGGAGCUGAUUGCAAGUGAAACACCAUUAGAUGUGCUGAUGGAAACCUCAGGCACCGACAUCCUGAAUGACUCUGACGUGUGGGCUCCCGUCAGCCCUCUGCACCUCGCUGCGUACCACGGUCAUCAUCAGGCAAUGGAGGUUCUGGUGCAGUCUUUGCUGGAUUUGGAUGUUAGAAACCAGGAAGGACGUACACCUCUAGACUUGGCUGCCUUCAAAGGCCACGUGGAGUGUGUAGACGUCCUAAUCAACCAAGGAGCCUCCAUCUUUGUCAAAGAUUCAACCUUGAAACGAACCCCCAUACAUGCUGCAGCUACUAAUGGUCAUUCAGAGUGUUUGAGACUGCUGAUUGGAAAUUCUGAUCUUCAAAGUGCAUUAGACAUCCAAGAUGGAAAAGGACAAACCCCGCUGAUGCUGUCAGUCCUGAGUGGACACAUAGAGUGUGUGUAUUCUCUCCUUAAUAAGGGAGCCAAUGUUGAAGCCAAGGACAAACUGGGCAGAACAGCUUUGCAUAGAGGAGCGGUGACCGGUCACGAGGAAUGUGUGGAGGCCUUGCUUCAGCAUAGCACCAACUUCCUGGCCCAGGACUGCAAGGGACGCACACCGAUCCACCUGGCAGCAGCAUGCGGUCACAUCGGGGUACUCGGGGGUCUCUUGCAUGCCGCCCAGUCAGUAGAAACACUCCCCAUCCUAACAGACAGAGAGGGCUACACCCCGCUGCACUGGGCCUGCUACAACGGUCACGAUACGUGUGUGGAGGUUUUACUGGAACAAGAGAUUUUCCAAAAGGCAGAGGGCAACCCCUUCAGCCCUCUCCACUGUGCUGUCUUCCGUGACAACGAAAGUGCUGCUGAAAUGUUGAUAGACACUCUUGGUCGAGUCAUUGUUAAUGCCAAAGACAGCAAAAACAGAACCCCCCUGCAUGCUGCAGCCUUCGCUGACCACGUGGAGUGUCUCCAGCUGUUGCUGAGCCACAAUGCUCAGGUCAACUGUGCUGAUGCUGCAGGGAAAACGCCGCUCAUGAUGGCUGCAGAGAAUGGACAGAACAAUGCUGUCGAGCUGCUGGUGAGCAGCGCUAAAGCAGAUCUCACUUUACAAGAUGCUUUGAAGAAUACUGCACUUCACUUGGCCUGCAGGAAGGGACAUGAAACCAGUGCCUUGAUGAUACUGGAGAAGAUUACAGACAGGAACCUCAUUAAUGCUACGAACGCCGCCUUACAGACGCCUUUGCACGUGGCUGCAAGAAACGGCCUGAUUGUGGUGGUGCAAGAGCUGCUUGCAAAGGGAGCCAGUGUCCUUGCAGUCGAUGAAAAUGGUUACACUCCAGCCCUUGCUUGUGCCCCCAACAAAGACGUGGCAGAUUGCCUAGCCCUCAUCCUGUCUACCAUGAUCCCUGUGUCCCCCUGCACCCCGGCACCCCCCCACCCGUUCAGAGUGAUUAACCACUACACCACCACCCCGUCCAUGACCAUCUCCUUCGACAGCCUGCCUACGGUACGCGACGAGCACACCUCCUAUUGCAGCUUCAACAACAUCGGCCAUCAUGAUGGCUUAUACAGGGAAGAGGACCUCAACGACUCCGAUUCAGAGACGUACUGAAGGACAGGAGAUAGCGUUAAAUGCACAAACUCAUAUGCUGUGUCUUAAAAAAAAUCACUUGCCACAAGCUUGGGAAGGCUGGAAGAAAGGGGAGCCCCCACGGGAGCAAUAAGUGUCCCUGCUAAAAUCACAGAGCAGGAGGUGCAGCAGGCUGGCCCACACCCAUCCCAACCUCGUCCGGCACAAGGCGACCUUUGGCAGAGACAGGAUGUCGGUGACCACUGCUUUACCAACACUUGAUUCUUCGCGUGUGAAAAUCUGAACUUCUUGGGCGGAUGGCGACCGUUUUACAGCAAUAACAUGCUGAAGAUGUGUGGUUGAGCGACACAGAGAACUGAUCCAACAGGGACCAAAAAAAGAAAACCACGGGAGCAUUUUUAACCCAGUUUUAACUGUAAAACGGCUCCAGGCAGGUUUGUUGAUUACCAAGAAUGAAGGGGGAAUUCUCACUGGUUAUCUUUAGCACUGCAACCGUCAAGAUGCUUCACAGUCUGUACUUCAUGCAGGGGGAGAGAAAAAUCAUUUAUUUUUGAAGAGCAAAUUUUUUAUAUACUUGCUUAUUGUCUUAAACUCCCAAAAGUCGAAUUCACUCACUGGGAAGUUUACAAACCUUUAAAAGAUUAUUAUUAUUAGGUUAACAACCCUGCUUUUCUACAUUCACCUGUUCGCUGCAGUUUGGUUUUAAAGAUUGAAUUAUUUGUUUACUUUUGGUUUCUGUUCAUUUUGUGCCUUUAGUAAUUAACGAAAAGACCAAGGGUUUGUAAAGUCAGCUGUGAAAGUGAACACUAGGUGAGUGUUCUAGUACUGAUCCAGUACUGAGCGCUAUACUCUGCUGUAUAAGGAGGAACACUGUAAACAAUGACAGGACAGCAUUUAAUCAUCUUCUGAGUGAUAUUCCGUUUGCUCUGGUGUUAGUUUUGCUUGUAUAAAAAAACUAUUGUACAAUGGUUCAAAAAUUCCCAAUUUUGUCGGUUUGAAAAUAAAAUUUUUAACUGGAAAUCUGUACAUUUGCUAGAUUCAGUAGAAUGGAAAUGUAUUUUUUCUUUUCUUAGCUUUUCCUUGAAGAGGAAUGAAAUUAGCAUGUAUAUAGAAGUUUUGACUGAAUUCAAAAUCCCAGUGAGUUCUUUCAGUACUGAGAUUGCUGUAUAUUUUAAGAGGAAUAAAUGAAUUAUUUAAUAAUGAA